AUGAGCCCCCAUCUGGCGGAGUACCAGUUGCGCCAACACCGCUGCCUGCCCCAAUCACCCUGUCGCAUCACUUGCGACUUCGGAGAGACAAGAAUGGUGAUCGCGCGGGCCCGUUUUGGCCCUUCGGCAGUGCCAAUCCGCAAUGCGACAAGGGUGGAUGCGGAUGAUUUGAUCGCCCCCCCUCCCCCCAAGGUGAAUGCCGCGCAUCAUCAGCCGACGACCAGGCGAGGCCAGGAGCCAUCCCGCGACAUGGUUGCGCUGGCAUUCAAGCCACACCAUUGGCGCGACCCGUUCUUUAUCGGUCUUGGGCGCUCGCCAGUCGGCGCACGAGGUACCUGCUUUGUGCGAGCGAGCGGCGCUCACCAUCCUCCCGCCAGCAUUUUUGCUUGCUAUUUUCUAUGCGAUCAAGACAUGGGAAUUUAUGCGAUUUGA